AUGAGCAACUUUAGUAAUAAAAAAGGUUUUACAAAUUAUUCUUAUUUAGGAGGAAAAUAAACAAGGACUUAAAUCAAGAAGUAAGCGGCUGCAGCCCCUGCAAUUACGAAGAAGAUGAAGCUGAUUUCGAAAGGCAAAGGGAAAUUUCUAUUGGAAGUGGAUGAAACUUUCAUCAGUCAACUUUAAUAGGCAAAACAAUUUUUAUCAGAACUAAACGAUACGAUCCAUGGUCAAGUUGAGUUGAAUCAGGGAAUGAUACAAGAGUCUAAUCCCCAAUUUGAAUAAUAGGAGGAUGAAGGAUCUUCCUCUGCAUCAGAGGAAAAAAGUGGAGCUCAAUUGUCUCAAUAGCCACAAGAACAACAGUCUUAAUAACCGAAUGAAGUGAAGGAAACGCAGGAUUUUUACAGGUAACAAUCUGAAUCAAAUUAAGACGCAUUCCUCAUUUUUUUAUGGGGAGAUUCAAAAAGUGGGCGAAAAUUUUAAAAGAAGAUGAUGUUAGUACAUUUUUACAUCAAUUAAAGUCGAAUAAAAAAUCAAAAUAGGGAAGAUAUGAGUUAGGGGAUUUCCAUAAGUAAGGAUUUAAUUGUAACAAAAGGUGUUUUUAGGUUGAUAAGGGUGAUAACAACGAAUAAUAGAAGCAGAAGAAAAAAAUAAAAGAAUUAUUCCUUGAAUUUUUGUAGAACGAAGCAGUCCUAUAGAUCAUCCAAUAUAACAAAAUAACCAACCAAGAUCAAAAGGUAUAUAAGGCAUUUGUCAAUAUAGAUUAAAUACAUAGACGUCAUCCCAAAUAUGGUUUAGGAAAUGUACAGCGAUAAGCCUUUUGAUUAAUUUUUAGCCUAAUAGAACAUAGAGAAAUAAAUCAACAAAAAAAAGCAAUUGUUGACUGAGACAUAAGAAGUCAAAUAAUAAUAGUAGCAGCAACAACUCCCUUAACAAAAGCAAGAUCCUUCUUUUGAGGAGCCACCUAUAAAGUUUACACGAGAAAUGUCAUUUCAAAGCUAAUUAUGA